AUGAGCUUAUGGUCCUUAGUUGUCAUUACACUUUACAGGAAGUGUGGAAUUGAAUUUAUCAGACUCUUUGAGCCAAACCGGGAAGUUCUUGAAGCAUUACGAUCUUCAAACAUCCUAGUAUCUCUCGGUGUGAGAACUGAAGAUCUAAAAUCACUGGCCUUGAGCAAUGAGGUAAUUCCAAGUCCAUAUACUAUGGAUGUCUAUGGAGCCAUGAACAACAUGCACACUGCAAUUAAUUCAGUUGGCCUUGUAAGCACCAGAGUGACAGCCGUUAUUUCAACUCAAGCCCUUGCAAAAUCUUUCCCUCCCCCCUCCGGGGAAUUCUCCAACCAAGCAUUUCCUGCAAUGAAUGAUGUUACAGCAUUUCUGUCGCGCACUGGUACGCCCCUUAUGAUCAAUGUGUACCCUUAUUUUGCGUACGCCUCAGACCCGAAACACAUUUCAUUUGAGUAUGCAACAUUCAAUGCCAAACAGCCUGUGGUGGUGGAUGGAAAUUUCAAGUAUUACAAUCUCUUUGAUGCAAUGGUUGAUGAUGUUUAUGCGGCUUUGGAGAAGGUGAACGCAGGCAAUGUUUCUACUUACAUUUCGGGGACUGGUUGGCCGAGUGCUGGGAAAAAGCCUUAUACAAGCGAGGAAAAUGCACGAAUUUACGAUCAAAAUCUUUACUCUCAUGUGUUAAGCGGAGAAACACCAAGAAGACCAGACAAUCUUUUGGAUGUAUUUACUUAUGAAAUGUUCAAUGAGAAUAAGAAAGAAUCCGGGGUAGAGCAGAACUUUGGACUUUUCUAUCCGAACACCCUGCCAGUUUAUAAAUUUUUUGAGACCUGCUAA